GCUAUUGUGCUGAUAAUGUGCUAUUUAUUUUUCUGUCUAUACAUUGCAAAAGGAUUUACUUUUGUCUCUUCAUUCUAUCAACAGAUCAUUCCAGGAUCGGCGACAAUUCCAACAGAGUUUUCUAACACAUAUCAACUGAAGCUCAGGGAAACAAUUAAUAGCAAAUUGUUUCAAACAAAUCCCAUCAAGGAGAAACAACAAACAAAAGCACCACAUUUACUAUCAAAAGGUCUUAAAUUUUCAAGAAAUUUAGCCAAAAAAAGACCAGGGCUAUUUUCAUUGAUCGCAACGAGAGAGCAAAACUUUAAACGGAAACAAUUACUAAAUGGUCAGUGUCAGCGACAUGGUGUCAGACGCCCUCCGUUUCAUUAUCUGAUGCUUGUGAACCACCAACAUAAAAUGGUAUUCUGCUACAUCCCUAAAGUUGGCUGCACAUUCUUUAAACGCCUUAUGUUGAUUCUCAAAGGGAAAUAUCAGAAUGGUUCUAGUCCGUAUGAUAUAGCACCAACCAAAAUACACACGUUGCGAAUGAAUACCUUUUCGACUCGUCCCAGAAAAAAUGCCGCAGUCUUGAAGGCUUACAAGAAAGUAGUUUUUGUUCGGGAUCCUUAUUCACGCCUUUUUUCAGGUUAUCUCGACAAAAUUUUCUUGCCACAACAAAAUUUUAAAACCCUGUGUACUUAUAUUAUUAAAACUUUCAGGAAAAGUGUGGUUAAAAAUUCAAGUAUUAUAUGUCCUGUUGAUGUAACUUUUGAAGAAUUUUUGCGUUAUGCCAUCUUCAAAUCUGAAGAAAGUAAAAAAAAUGAUCAUUUUGAUAUGAUGCAUGAUCUGUGUGGUACCUGUAAUAUCAAGUAUGAUAUCAUAGGGAAACUCGAUACUUUUGUCCCUGAUUUGAAUUUAAUGUUUGAAGAAAUUGGUGAAGGUCAUAGAAUGUCAGCCAAAAAUAUGUUAACUGAGAGAGUUGGAGAUGAUCUUACAGUUGUCGUUGACCACGCCUUUCAUAACAAGAAUAAUACAUGUGUGGAUUUCUCGCAAAUUUUGCGCCGCACAUGGCGAAGAGCUCAGAUUCGAGGAUUCGUCAGUAUGGAUUUAGAUUUCCCUUUUACCAAUAACCAGACAUUAUUUGUAACUAAACAAGAAUUUUUAGAUACUAUUAAAGAUGCCAGUCUGGUUUCAAAAAAUGAUAAAAGUUUAAAAGUCAUCAAAAAUGAAGCAAUGUCUUACGCUUAUAGUACAGUACCAAUGGAUGUUUUAGAUCAGUUAGAGGUUCUUCUAAAAGAUGACUGUUUACAAUUUGGAUACGACACAAGGCCAAAACAUGUAUUCGAAGCCAAUCAACGAACAUGGAAUUUUAAUUAUUUUAAUGUUUGAGAUAUAUACAUUUAAAAUGAAGCACAAUUUAUUAAUAA